AUGGCAAAUACACCAGAGCCAUCAACAGAGGCUUCUGUGGUCAGAUUCAAGGAUCAGGACUUUACCUCCUUGAGGGAUCAUUGCCUAAGCAGAGGCUUGCCAUUUGUGGAUGAGACAUUCCCUGCUGAGGCUUCAUCCAUAGGCCAGAAGCUGCUCCAGGGAAAAAACAUUUCCAACCUGCAGUGGAAGCGACCAAUGGAUUUAUCAGAGGGCCCCCCUUACUUCAUUUUGGAAGGUGCCAGCCGAUUUGACAUCCAACAAGGAACUGCAGGAGACUGCUGGUUCCUGGCAGCACUGGGCUCCUUGACCCAGAAUCCCCAGUGUCUGCAGAAGAUCCUGAUGGACCAAAGCUUUUCACACCAGUAUGCAGGAAUUUUCUGGUUCCGGUUCUGGCAGUGUGGCCAGUGGGUAGAAGUGGUGGUAGAUGACUAUCUGCCUGUUGUGGGGAGAGAUUGCCUCUUCGUACAUCCUCGUAACAAGCAGGAGUUCUGGCCGUGCCUGCUGGAGAAAGCCUAUGCCAAGCUGCGAGGGUCCUACUCUCACCUGCACUACGGCUACCUCCCGGACGCCUUGGUGGACCUCACCGGAGGGGUGGUCUCCAGCGUCAACCUCCACUCCUCCCCUUCAGAUCUGCUGACGAUGGUGAAGACAGCAGCCAGGGCAGGCUCUCUAAUGACCUGUGCCACCCCAAAAGGGGUGACAGAUGAGGCUACAGUGAUGGGGAACGGACUUGUGAGCCAGCAUGCCUACACGGUGACGGGGGCUGAGCAGAUUCAGUACAGGAGGGGCUGGGAAGAAAUCAUCCGCCUGUGGAACCCCUGGGGCAAGAAGGAAUGGAGAGGGCGCUGGAGCGAUGGGUCCUGGGAGUGGCAGGAAACCCGUGACCGACGGAAAAAUCAGCUGUACGAGAACAAAGAAGAUGGAGAGUUUUGGAUGUCAUGUCAAGAUUUCCAAGAGAACUUUUCCUGCCUGUUUAUAUGUAAUCAAGUACCAAUUACAUUGGACCAUGGACUCACACCUCAUGAAAGAUGGGGACAAAUGAUAUUUAAGAACCUAGGAAACACUGCAGGAGGACCUGAGAGUGAUUCUCAAUACUUCUUCUCUGUGCGAGAGCUCAUGGAAGGCAACAAUGCUGUUGUGUCGGUCACUGUCAUGCCACAGAGCUUAAAGGCAGAAGAUGAGGAAUGUCCACUAUCCUUCCAGGUAUUCAAGGUGGACUCUCAGUUCCAGCACUUUCGGGAGAGAUUGCCACCCACGUUUUUCUCCAUAUUCAGAAAUGCUAUCCAGGGCAUAGAUGAUAAAACCAAAAGCAACUUCACAAAAUUCUGCCAUCUGAGCCCUGGGACCUAUGUCGUGGUCCUCUCAGCACACAAAGGAAAAGUCGAGUUCUUGCUCCGAAUCUUCCUGAAAAAGCCAGACAGUGACAGGAAUGCAAACCACAGUUUCAGCCACAGAGCUCUUAAGGGAAGUCUUUCAGAAAUUGGAUCCCAACAAAGAAUUUUCUACAAAUAUGCUCAGGGCCUGGACAUUGAUGCCACUCAGCUUCAGAGGCUUCUCAACCAGGAACUCCUGAAAGGACCUGCAGGGGAUACUUUCUCCUUGGACCAGUGCCGCAGCCUCGUAGCUUUGAUGGAUCUGAAAGUGAAUGGGCGACUUGACCACGAAGAGUUUGAGAGACUGUGGAUUCGACUUCUCCACUGCCAGCAUAUUUUCCAAAACAUUCAGAAGAGCUCCAGAGUUCUCCUCAGCUCCGAUUUGUGGAAGGCCAUACAGAAUUCAGAUUUCCUUACAGGGAUUUCCAUCAGCUAUGAGCUGCAGGAUCUCCUGACCCUCCGGUAUGGUGACAGUGUUGGCCGAAUCAGCUUCCCCAGUCUGGUCUGCCUCCUUUUACGCCUGGAAAUCAUGGCAAAGGCCUUUCGCAACCUCUCCAAGGAUGGAAAAGGACUCUACUUGACAGAAAUGGAGUGGAUGAACCUGGCCAUGUACAACUAA